CUUGCGCCUAGUUAGGAGGCUUGGAUAAGAAAGGUUCAGAUGCUCUGUUAUGUCAGGACGUAUAGUUAGCAACAAUAAUAACCUUAAUUGUGAUCCUGUGUAUAACAUUUGUGGUUGACAAUCGGUUAAUUGGACUAAACAUGGGUUCUAAUUUAAAAUUAAACGACAAUGUUGAUAAUCUUAAGCCAAGAAGGUUGAUUACAGUAAGACAUGGUGAACGUAUGGAUCUGGCUUUUGGUGAUUGGAUUAAACUGUGUUUUGACAAACAAGGACGAUACAAACCACAGGACUUGAAUCAUCCAAAAAAACUGAUUGAUCGUGAACCUUGGGCCUAUUCAAAUGAUUCACCGUUAACACCAAUAGGUGAAUUUCAAGGAUUUCUGUUUGGACAAGCUCUUAGUGACCAUGGCGUUGAAAUUAACCAUGUUUAUUGUAGUCCAGCAUUAAGAUGCUUACAAACCUGUCACAACAUUCUGAAAGGAGCUGGGAUUCAGGAUAACCUGGCUGUUAAUAUUGAACCUGGAUUAUUUGAAUUUUUAGGUGAUCAUUUACACCGUUUGCCAUCAUGGUUGACUCCUAAAGAGGCUGCUGCUGGAACUGGAAUGAACAUUAAUCUGGAUUACAAGCCACAGAUAGAAGCUGUAGACAUGUUGACCAUCCGAACAGCUGAGAAUCACAGUGAUUUCUAUGCAAGAUGUCAUAAAGUUGUUGAAUCAAUUAUUUCUUCCACUGUCACAGGGAAUAUAUUAAUUGUUGCUCAUGCUGCCUCUGUUGACUCUUGCACUCGCCUUCUCACUGGAAAAAAAUUACCUGAAUGGAAUGAUUUCUUUCAAUUUGUUCAUCGGAUACCUUACCUAGCUCAUUCACAUUGUCAAAUCAACAGAAAUGGUGAAUGGAAGAUGGUUGAACCCUUGUUUCCUGGCAUAACAAUCAGCUCCAAUAAUCACUAUGAUUAUUCAUCACUUUGGUCAAUGUUACCCAAAUGAGCUCUCUCUAAACACAGAUUAUAAAGUGGUCAAGUUUCAUUGUUCCUGUUGUGGCUCAUUUUAACUGUUACUCCAUUUUCCUGCAAUUGUUGUGUUUCACUCGACCCUUCUAAAUUAUACGUAUUUUUUGUUUUAUUAGUUCAAUUUUCGCUAUUGAACUGGCUGUUAUUAAUGUAGAUUUAACGUUUAAUUUUAUUUUUUUUAUUUACUAUGUAUAGAGAUAAAUACUAUCAUAUCCUUUGGUUAAACAAAUUCAAGAAAAAGCGAGAGCGAAACAAAAAUUAUUCACUGGACUUUAGACUUGUUCAAAAUGUACUAUCAACUGUUAAUACAACCAAAUCCUGGUUGUUUUCAACAUUACAUCACAAUUGUUUCGAUCCUUAGUCAAUCAAAUUCAACAUUAUGCUCAAAUCUACCCGUUUAACCGAUUAAUUCAUUCACUUACUGAAUCACACAAAAAUUUCAACGUCGUUUUAUGGUCAAAUUAAGAUAAUUAUCGACAGAUUAAAAUAAGUUAUAAUGAA